AGAGAGAGAAACAGGCAGAUAGACAGAGAGAGAGACUUAGGAACUCCUAAAUUAUGAAUUUAGGAAAUCUGCAAUUAUUCUGUGUAUAUGCAGCUCAUUGUCUGUGGUGCAUAUAAACAGAAUGAGCAUGGCCAAUGCAGAGAAAUACAUUACAUACCAGGCUGUCACUCCUUUACACAUUCUAGUAGAUGAAAAAAGAAAACCCGGUAAAAGAGAAAACAAGAAGGAGGGGUGAAGAGAUCGGCUACAAAAUCUAUGGCGUGAGAGGUAGAGAAUACUGCGCCCUCCUUCUCUCGGCUCCCAGACUGAAAGUGUACCAGUGGCCGAGCUUUUCUAGGGAGGACGCAAACACACACAAGACCAUUAUGAGCUUACAUUCAGAAUAUGAACUUUAUGAGAAUUACGAUGACCUUGACCAUUACAAUGACAGCUCAAACCACAGCUACUAUGAUGAGGACUUUGAAGACCACUACUCUGUGUGUGACAAAUCUGAUGUCCGUUCCUUUGCCGGUCUCUUCCUCCCAGUGGUCUAUACCAUAGUACUUGUGGUAGGCCUGGCUGGAAACUCCAUUGUUGUAUUUGUCUAUCUAUCCCAGAAGCGCCUACGGACAUUAACGGGUGUCCUCAUCAUUAACCUGGCCGUUGCAGACCUCCUCCUCCUUUUCACCCUACCGUUCUGGGCAGCAGAUGCUGUAAACGGUUGGGAGAUUGGUGUGGUGGCCUGCAAGAUAACCUCAGCCCUCUACACCAUCAAUUUCAGUUGUAGUAUGCUUCUGCUAGCCUUCAUUAGCGUGGAUCGUUACAGAGCGCUUUCCCAGGGCUCCAGCAUUUACAGCAGGCCAUCUGGAAACAAACAAAGGAGACAGAAGCUGCUACUAUCCCUCCUGGUCUGGACUGCAGCCUUCGUGUUUGGCUUGCCAGAUUUUUUCCUCACCACCGUUAAGCAGCACUCCUCUGGACACAAAUCCUGCAGGGCAGUGUACCCACAUAGUAUGGCACAAGCAACAAAAGCUACCUUGGAAAUUCUAGAGGUGUCACUGAGCUUCCUGCUACCCUUCCUGGUGAUGUUGUUCUGCUAUUACCGGGUGGGAAAAACCCUGAGUCAGGGAGCAACCACUGGAAUGAGAGAAGUACGGAGGUGGAAGGCCUUCCGGGUCCUGAUAGCUGUUGUGGGGGUGUUUCUGUUGACACAGCUGCCAUAUAACAUUGUGAAGCUUAUACGAACCCUAGACAUCAUCUACACAUUUGUGACAAACUGUGAGGUCAGUAAAGGACUGGAUCGGGCCACUCAAGUCACAGAGAGCUUGGCACUCACACACUGUUGUGUAAACCCAGUUUUAUACAUCUUCAUUGGCUCGUCCUUCAAGGUGCAUGUGCUAAAGAUUGCUAAGCGCUAUGGACAGACUGGAAAGAACCAUCAUCACGAGCACAGGCAACCUGCAGUGGAGAUUGUGCUAAAAUCACAGACCCGCACAAACAGCAAUGCAUACUCAGAAUCAGACAAUGAACAUACAAGUAGCUUUACUAUCUAGUGCACAAACCUGAUUAUCAGGGACUAAACACUACAUUAUAUAUAAUGCAAAUAUGCUACAGGGAUAUUAAAGCAUUUAAUAAAUGGAAAGAUUUUAAAUUUGGGGUUCAAGAUACUAAACAAGUGCAAGAGUGCCCUGCUGACCGAGAAUUACUUUGUGAUUUUCAGAUUGUAAUACAAGAGUAUGGGUGGGGUAAGUUUGUUUCACUGAAUUUUGAUAGGCAUCAAUAUUCAUAAUUACAAACCCAAACACAUCUGAAUCUAAUGUACUUUGGGGGAAAUCAGAACAUUUUUCAGAGUUGAGAAGACGGGUCAGAUCAGAAAUGGAGCACAACUUCCUCUUUUUUGCUAAUCUUUAUAUAACAUAACAUAACAUAAUUGUUCAUUGUGACCAUGAACACAUGUGGCUGUGCAGAAGUAUGGUAAUUGACGGUUUUAUGUAUUAAAUGGGUCAGGGUCUCAUACAAUUUACAUAGUACUGGCUGGUUAAAUUGGUAUUCAUGAUUGCAGCUUUCAGUAAACAGUUCCCAGCAGCACAGCUGCUAAUUUUAUUAUGCCCUCCUGUACGCUGUACUGUUAUAUAUUAAUUUCUGCUAAUUUUCAUAAAAGGUGCAAUAAAUCACAGAAGAGCUCUGUAUACAAAAUCUCAACCAGCAAACCCACAAAUAAAUUCAGCCUGCAACAGCAAGUCAAAAAAUUAUUUUUUUUAAACAAAAACUCAAAAAUAUGUUUGACUUGCUAUAUCCAUCUGUGAUAACCAUCUUGUGAGUUAUAUUUUCCUUUGUGUUUAGCGGAAAUAAAGCUGGUUCUAGUUUCUCAUUGUUAAACAGAAAUAGUAACAAAUGCAUAAAUCUGGACAAGUGAGUCAGGCUCGGGAAGAAAACAACCGAAGAAAAAACAGCUCUUUUGUAAAUGUAUGAACUCAUACGUGAUCAUACAUGCUUAAUUUCCUUCGUUACACUAAUAGGAGGAUGUUUACCGUGAGUCAACAAAUACAACGCUUACAUUUCCUAUAACAGGAAUGUAAAACAGCUUAGUGGAAGGGCGAUAUCUUAGCAGGGAAAGGUUUUUGUUUUUUGUUUUUUGUUUUGAACAGGAGAUGAAGUCUCUGAACAGCCCUGGGGUCAGGUCUACUAGGCGAUAGUCGCUGAGGCAGGCAGGCUGAGGUUUCUUUGGGACAGGAAGCCAAUGUAAUGUAACAGUAUGGCCAGGGAAAUGAAUGAGCAUCUUGGGACGCAUCCUGGAAUGUCAUCCUCUUCUGGGGAGGAGGAUGACUUAAUAACCAUAUACCUUACCUACUAUUUAUUUUUAUUUUUUAUUGUCACAGACAAACAGUCACCCAGCCAUUGGCCAACGUGUUCGCUACAAUAUGUGGAGUUCUCUCCUUAUGUCACAAGCAAAAAAAAUAUCUUUUGUGAGAUGACUGUGUAUUACAAUUCUUUAGUAUUCAGAAAAACAAACAGAUUCUUAGAUACGGCUUACACCCUUGUGUAAAUGCAUAUGUGUAUGUAUCUAUGCAUAUGUAGGGAUUUUAUCCAUCCAUCUCUAGUAUUUUUCCAAAAUUCUACUAAAACAAAUUUAACCAACAUACUUUUACUCAUCUGUGCACAUCUAGUACAUCUGGUUCACAGGAAUGCAGAAAGACACUUGUGUGUGCAAUCCAGUCUUACAGAAAAAAUCUUUUGCAUGCAAUUUAUCUGUAGUACCUUUUAGCAUUGGUUAGAUUUAUAAAAGCAGCACUACGUGACUGUGCCUUCAUACCAACUUAUCUGUAUUACCUACUCUACAUUAAAUAGUACCAUUCUGGCACAUGCAUUUCAUGCAUAAAAAUGUAUCAUACUUUCAGUCAAAUGUAUGUAUGUAUGGGACGUUUUACCCCAGCAUAUUUUAUCCAAGCUAGCCUCUACCACUACACUAUUUAAAUAAGAUCAAUAUGUAAUAAGUAAUUUUACCACCUUUUUUAUCUGUUGAUUUGAGGUGUAUUUACCCAGUUACAGUGGUGCUUGAAAGUUAGUGAAACCUUUAGAAAUGAAGAUAUUUCUGCAUAAAUAUGACCCAAAACAUCAUCAGCUUUACCUACAAGACAAAAGAGACCCCAAUUAAAGAAAUAAGAAAAAUAUACAGAAGUCACUGUCCCUGUUCUGACACCAUCAUCUCUCUACUCCUAGUUAAGUCAAGCAAUGAUCUAACUCUUCCUCAUUUUCUGUAUACAUACUCUGCCUAUAUCAGCAUUAAACCUAAUGCAUUAAAGAUGCUUUCACUGA